GCCCAGGAACCAUCAACAACAACAUCAACCACCAUCUUGCGCUUUCUUCGCAAUUUGUAUGCGGCGUCUGUUGUAAUGUUUUAAAUUAAAUUCAGAUAGAUUUAAAAUUUUUAAUUAGUUCUCGUUAAUCAUUUUCCAUGUGCCCUGGCCCAUGUUCGUUUUAGAUUCCAUAUACAAGUCUGAAUCGAGUUGAAAGAAUUGAAUGCGGUGAUCAACACGCAUCGAAUCACGUUUGGAGUAUUGUUGGUUUGAAAAAAAAACCGCCGUACCGUCACGAUUGUUACAAUGAGUGAUCCAGAAAGUUCGUCUCGCAGCGAUUCGGCCUCCCGCAGUGAAAAUGGUGAGAGAGAAACGCAUUCUCGAAGUUACAGCGAUUCUCCUAGAGACUCGGUAAGUCGUAGCCGUUCACGAUCUCCUAAAGGAUCUUACCGUAAUGAUAAAUAUAAAUCGAGAUCGAGGUCCAGGUCUAGAUCUCGUUCCCGUCGGUCGUAUCGUCGAUCGCGGUACUCCAGGUCGAGAUCACGAUCGUAUUCCCGCCGAGCGAGUCGUUCUCGUAGCCCAGCCUACGGAGGACGAAAAAGGCGGGUCAGUAACGGAGAGCAUCCGAAACCUAAUAGGUGCCUCGGAGUGUUCGGUUUGAGCAUUUACACAACCGAACGACAAAUACGCGAAAUAUUCGCCAAAUACGGCACGUUAGAAAGCGUACAAGUGAUCUUCGAUGCGAAAACUGGUCGAUCUCGCGGAUUCUGUUUCGUUUAUUACGAAAACGAAGACGAUGCUAAAAUGGCCAAAGAACAGUGCAGCGGUAUGGAAAUCGACGGACGCCGUAUUCGCGUUGAUUUUUCUAUAACGCAGCGCGCACAUACGCCAACGCCGGGAAUAUACAUGGGCAAUCCCACGUACACUCGCGAUGACCGUAAGUGGGGAAGAAGAAGAAAUCAUUACGACGAUGAUUACGGAUAUCGUGGUCACCGACGUUCUCCAUCGCCGUAUCGUAGUAGUCGAUAUAGAUCUCGACACUACGAUCGAUCACGAUCUAGGUCUUAUUCGCCUCGUCGCUACUGAUUAGCGAUCGUCGCCAUCACUUUUUUAUUCCGUUCAUUUCACGUUUGCUCUCGUCAUCAAUUUUUAUUUUACGGUGUAUUUCGUACGUAGUAUUCGAUUAUUAAAAUCAUGCCAAAUCUUGCUAAUUCUGAAACAAAAAUGACUAGUGGCGAAGGCGCCAUCGAUAUCAGAUUCCAUAGUACGUCUGUUCAAAAUUUCUUGCUCUUUUUAUUCAGAUUCUCUCUCUCCGUGUCACAUUCGAGCAUUUAAUUCAAUUUUCUAGUCUCGGUUCGUUCUGGUAGAGAGUAAUUAUUCUCGCGUAUGUACUUUCCGUUUUCUAUUUUGACGCCGGCCUGUUUCAUUAGUAACUAAUUAAUCGGCCGAUUUGCAAAGUAAAUAAUUGACAGUUUGUUGACCGACUUGAUUUUAUUCCGAUUUCUCUUUCAUAUUUUGCACGAUCGAAAUUUGCGAAAUUCUUCUACUCGUAUCAAUUCACCCUUGCAUUUUGAGGCGAUGGGAUGGUUGAGGGUUCGACCUGUGUGUACCUAAUUUAUUUUAAGCAUUGUGGUUAUUAGGAUAGUCGUAAUUAAUGUCGUUACGAACUUCAAAUCGUGAUUACGAACGUGAAUGCGACGAACGUAAUUUUUGUCUAUUUAUUAUAAUUGUUUAUACCUGUAGCCGUAGCGUAUUUGUGUAACGAUUGUAUGUAUUAUCUAUUCUGAAGAAAAUUCGAGAACAAACAUUACCCGCAGUACAUUACAUAUAAUACGAGGUAAAAACGGAACGACGAGUAUUCAGAAAAAAAAGAUACCUACCUACCUAAUUAUAAAAUACGGUAGUUGUCUCGAAAUUUAAAUUUAAGCACGCAUGUUGAAAAGAUUUUUCCUUUUCAUAUAAUUUUAAACUCUUGUAAGCUACAUGAAAACCAUUAAAUUUUGUUAAUUAAGA